CACCCUCAGUGUUGAUCGUGUCAUCGAUUGCGGUGGUUUUAAAAACCGUUGGGCGCGAACAGAGACAAACCGCGAUCCAAUCGGCCAUAUGGAAAAACAUAUUCGAGACGGGUAUCCCGAUUUUCCUACAAAAUUUUUGGUGCAUGUGCUGAGUGCAGUCUUACAGAGUGACUUACCGCGUCCUAAGGAAAACAAUUAAUUUUAUCCCGCUGUACGUUCGGUAAUUAUAGGCUGUAAAAAGAGCAUUCAGAGACAGCAGUAACGGCAAUGGCCGGCGUUUUAUUCAUAGUGCAGAUACCUACGGCCAAGUACGAGGUUAUCUUACGCCAGAAAGAAAAGGAAAAAACUAAAUCGAAUUCGGCUGAGGUAACCAAUGAAAAGCGCGACAACAAGGAUGGAACCGAGGAAACUAUACCAUUUCUCACGCCACAACCACGGAAACACGUUCUGACGGAUAAAGACCCGCUUCCCAGUUUCGAUGAUCGAGAACAAAAAGAACCAAAUCUGAAAGAGGGUGGCGACGCUCCACAGCCACCGCCUCCUAGUUUAGUUGUUCCGACCAUCAACCUGCCGGAUGAUGAUGCCUCGAACGAUCCGGAAACACCACAGAAUAAUGAAGAUGAUGUACAGCAAUCGCUUGCGGUACCAUUCGAUCGAACCUCGGCACUGCGGAAGUCCUGGGAAGGGUUCAAAGAUAUCCUGAGUUCGGCCAGAAAGGAUAAGGAAAAGAACUCUCGUGAGGCAGCGGCCGAGAAAUUCAACCUUAAUGCCGACUCGCCGUUGGAAACCGUAAUGAAAGACAUUCUCCAGGAUCAGAAAAUUACCUCCGCCGCCUGGAUCGAAACCAACAGGGGCAAAGGAUAUCAGAUAACAUUUUCUAUGGAAUCCGGCAGUAAAUGUGAUGAUGUUAUCUAUUUGCUCAAUUCUUGGGGUAUUGGAGAGCGGUUCAACUCGACGAUUACGAUUACCUCAUGUACGCUGUUUACUGAACAACCACCGGAGGAUGACAUUGCUUCGGAGGCCAACGGAAGCAAGGAUGGUGGCUGGAACAACUUUCUGUCAUCUGUUCGAGCACGGCUGAACGUAGCACAAAUCGUUGAAGAAGUGAAGCAUGACGCGUCCAUUACCUUUGAUUUUGUCUCCAUGUUGGUAGUCGCAAGCAUCUUAGCAGCGUUCGGAUUGGUUGAGGAUAGUACGUUGUUUUUAAUUGCCAGUAUGCUUAUCUCUCCCUUAAUGGGUCCAAUUAUUGCUGGCAUUUUCGGAACUGUUAUCAAAGAAAGAAGUCUACAACUUAUGGGUCUGAAGAAUGAAAUGAUUGGAAUCUCACUAACCAUAUCGGUUGGCUUUAUUUUUGGGCUGAUCGUGUGCAGCUUAGACGAACGGUACGGCGUGGGUGAAGGAAUUACCAACGAAAUGCUCAGUCGAUGCGAAGUUCACUCAUUGGCAAUAGGAGUGGCGAUCGCAUUACCUUCAGGAGCAGCCGUGGCCAUUGCAAUUUUAGGCGAAAAUAUAGGUUCCCUCGUCGGUGUUGCCAUUUCAGCGUCCCUCUUACCUCCAGCGGUUAACGCGGGUGUUUUAUGGGCGCUCUCAGUAUUGUGUUUAGUACUAGGAUCCACAAGUGAACGAUAUAGCGCUGUUGUGAAGACCAAUAUUUAUUCAGAUAACCAAACCAUUGAACUUUUUACACUUGGAUGCAUGAGUAUGUGCUUAACGCUUCUCAAUGUCGUUUGUAUCUAUCUGAUGGGUGUUAUAUUCCUCAAGAUCAAAGAAGUUGCUCCAAUUGUUCCUCAAGACCAGAAACAGUUCUGGAAGCAUGACAUUAAGAUCGCUAGAGACUACAACAGAACACUGCACUCCACAGACGGAAUGUCCAUGAGCAAGCAGUUAAUUCACGACUUGACCGCUCUGCAUAACCAAGAUCCAGAAAGUCGCGGAUUUGGUUCAGAACUGUUACUCAACACCAUAGGUAGAAAUCAGCACACCUGGUCACCAACACACAAUUACCACCAACGAGAACACAGGCCAUCGAUUCAAGAACUGGAAGCUCUGUAUUUGAGUUUAUCGAAUGGCAACGAAGGGCAAUACCACUACCCCAAUCAUCCUUACAGACCACGCACCUCAAAACCAUGGUCACCACCUCAACAUAGCGAAGACGGUCAACCAUCGUCCCCAACCGGCCAUAAACGCUCGAACCCAAUGGACAUAGGACAUCAUCGGCAUCACCGAUUCACGGAGUCGAUUCGUAGUACAUCGGCGCCGCUAUCCAAAAUACUCGAAAAUGUUGCUCACGAUGUACCACCCAGUAGUAUGCGGCAAGGAGGAGGAGUUUUCGGGGAAGGAACAUCUCGCCGUAAUUCCAUUAUGGGUCGGCCCUUCAAGUAUAGCUUGAAAAAAUCAAACAAGUUCACCGUUACUCCUGCUAACGAUCCUGUCGCUAAAAAGUGA